AUGGAUAAGUUUUUAAAUAUAAAAAAAAAGCUUGACGAUUAUGAUGAAAAUAAUGGUGAUAGUAAAAUAAAGAAAACGAAAGUUACUGAAACCAUCAAAUCUGGUACACAAUCUUCUGGUGCAAGCCGUAAGUACCAUGAUAAUUAUUUAAACUUUGGUUUCACUUUCUGUGGUUCAGAAACUAUUCCUAUUCCUCAGUGUUUGGUAUGUGGAGAAAAACUUAGUCAUGAAUGUAUGGUACCUAGUAAAUUAAAAAGGCAUUUUACUAUUAAACACGGUCAUUUGUUAAAUAAAGACAAAACUUAUUUUAGCCGUUUAUUAUCAUCAAAUGUAAAACAAUUGGAAAAACUAACAAAUAUAUCCGAUAAAGCUCAGAUUGCUAGUUAUAAAGUUGCUGAAUUAAUAAUUAAAAAAAUGCAGCCUCACACAUAG